CGUCCACGAGGACUCUUCCAGGAAAUCACUAUCAGACUUCUUCCUCAAAGUUGGGCUAGAGUCCUGUCCUGCUGUGCUUUCCUGUCGCGUCUCUCACAUGGAGGAAAUGCUGUCCUUCUGGGAUGUGGCCAUUGAUUUCUCUCCAGAAGAGUGGGAAUGCCUGGACCAUGCUCAGUGGAGUCUGUACAGGGACGUGAUGCUGGAGACCUACAGCCACCUUGUGUUCCUGGGUCUUGCUGUGUCUAAGCCACAACUGGUGACAUUUCUGGAGCAGAGACAAGGACCUUGGGAUGUGAGGACACGAGCAGCAGCCACUGUGCCUUCAGGAACAAGACAUAAUAAUUGUAGUGAAUACAGCAAGGAUAUUCAUCAUAACUCACGCCAGAGAAUUCAUAAAGGGGAGAAACCCUACAAGUGUGAAGAGUGUGGUAAGGCCCUUAGUUCUCAUAAAACACUUUCUAUACACCGGAGACUUCAUACUGGAGAAAAACCCUACAAGUGUGACGAAUGUGGUAAGGCCCUCAGCUCUCAUAAAACGCUUUUUAUACACCAGAGACUUCAUAGUGGAGAAAAACCCUACAAGUGUAAAGUGUGUUAUAAAGCAUUCAUAACUCGCUCAUCACUUUUUAUACACCAGAAAAAUCAUACUGAUGAAAAAAUCUACAAGUGUGAAGAAUGUGGCAGAUCAUUUUACUACCCUUCAAUGCUGAAGCAACACCAAAGAAUUCAUUCUAGAGAGAGACCCUACAAGUGUGAAAAAUGUGGCAGAGCUUUUAUUGAUCCUUCCUUCCUUAAGCAUCAUCAAAGAGUUUAUUGUAGAGCGAACCCCUAUAAGUGUGAAGAACAUGGCAAAGCAAUUUCCUCUGCUGAAAGCUGUAACAAACACAACCAAGUUCACUCUGGAGAGAAACCCUUCAAGUGUGAGGUGUGUGGCAGAUGUUUUUCUUCUUCUUUAGCCCACAGGAGACACCAAUUAAUUCACUCUGAAGACAAUCCCUACAAGUGUGGGGAAUGUGGCAAAGCCUUUUCUAGGCUUUAUUCUCUUACUCAGCACAAGCUUGUUCAUUCUGGAGAGAAACCAUAUAAGUGUGCAGAAUGUGGGAAAGGCUUUACUUGCAAUGCUUCCUUGGUUGAGCACAAGCUGAGUCAUACUGGAGUGAAAUCUUAUCAGUGCGAAGAAUGUGGGAAGAUGUUUUAUUCUACUUUAAAACUGAAGAAACAUAGAAGACUUCAUUAUCAAGAGAAACUGUACAAGUGUGAAGUCUGUGGAAAAGCCUUUCCUACAAAUUCUUCCCUGAUUCGGCACAAAAUAGUUCAUGGUGGAGAGAAAUGCCACAAGUGUGAAGAGUGUGGCAAACUGUUUGCCUCUACCUCAAAACUGAAUAGACACAAAAGAAUUAAUUGUCAAGAGAAAACAUUUAAAUGUGAAGAAUGUGACAAGGAUUUUUGCACUCGCCGAGCACUUUCUGUACAUAAGAGAACUCACACCAAUAAGAAACCACAAAGAUGUGAGGAAUGUGGAAAAAUCUUUUCUACACUCUUCUACCUUUCUGUGCACAAAUUACGUCAUACUGGGGAGAAAUCUUGUAAAUGUGACGAAUGUGGAAAAAUGUUUUACUCUAUUUUAGACGUUAAAAGACACCAAAGAAUUCAUACUGGAGAGAAACCAUACAAGUGUGAAGACUGUCACAAAUCCUUUAGUAGAAAUACAACCCUUAAGACACACAGGACAGUCCACACUGGAGAGAAACCCUACAAGUGUGACCUGUGUGGGAAGGGUUUUAUUAAGCCCUCUGUUCUUACUGAGCACAAGAUAGCUCACACUGGAGAGAAACCCUACAAGUGUGACACGUGUGCCAAAGGAUUUUCCUCUUCUUCAGUCCUUAGAAAACAUCAAAGAAUUCAUUCUGAAGAUAACCCCUACAAGUGUGGGGAAUGUGGCAAAGCCUUUACUAAGCUGUAUACACUUAGACGGCACAAGUUUGUUCACACUGGAGAGAAACCAUACAAGUGUGAGGAGUGUGGCAAAGGAUUUUCAUGCUCUUCAUACUUUAAGACACAUAAAACAAUUCAUUCUAAAGAGAAGGCCUAACAGUGUGGGGAACGUGGCAACGCCUUUGUUAAUCAUUCACUCUCAUCACAAGACAGU